AUGAGUGUUAAAUAUGCUAAUCGUAAUGAAAAUGAGGAGCACAUAGGGAGUGAUAAACUUAUAGAUCCAUUAAUACUAAAUGAUUCUUACAUUGACUCUUCAUGUUAUCCUCCAUGGAAUUUAGUACAUGAAUAUUCUAAUGACAAAAACAACUAUGAUAUAGACUGGAAAUGUAAAAUAUUUGGUAGUAGAAGUGGUACAAAAACAGAAAUAGAAGAUACAAGGUUGGAUUCUGAUAAUGAGCAAACCUGCGAAUCAAAAUCUGGAAUGUCAAGUCUAUGGGUUGAUCCCUCUGGUUGUCUAGAAUUAAAUACAAAACAAAACUCGAAAUUCAAAGGAUGGAUCCGCUAUUUAUCUAGUGUAGAAGGUGUAGCAAUUUUCAAAAAUGUCCCUUGUAGUACAAGAAUAGUCCAAGGAUAUGUAGGUGAUUGUUCUCUUUUGGCUUCAUUAUCUAGCUUAUCGGAAUACGAAAGGCUUCACAAAGUAAAGCUCUUGACUUCAGCUAUAAGUCUAUUGGAUACAAAAAAGAUAGCAUCUGCACUUGAAGAGCAUCAAUUAUCAAAUUCCCUCUGCUUAGAGUCAUUUGAUAUAUCUAUUGGAUGUAAAUUAUUUUUUAAUGGAUCUCCCAGAUGUAUUUUUGUUGAUGAUUAUGUUCCAAUAAGAGAAGAUGGGAAAUUACUCUGUGCACAUUCAAAAGACAGUAGAGAACUUUGGGUAACAUUGCUUGAAAAGGCCUUUGUUCAGCUUCUAGGUCGAAGCUAUACCAUUCAGGCUACUAAUCCAGGAAUCGACAUAUAUCGCCUCACUGAAUGGAUUCCGGAAAUUAUCCAACUCCCUUCUUAUUUAAAUAGCAAAAAAUCUACGGAAUCAACUUCCAGAUUUAUUAAUUAUUCCAUAGACAUUAAUCCUCCCUCGGAUACAUUAAGAUGGAAAAGGAUAUGGGAUAACUUAUACUCUGGAUUUAAUACGGGGGCUUGUGUGGUAUGUUUGGGAACGUCAGAGAUUUGGGAUGCUGUACCAUCCGGAUUGGGGUUUACUGAAGGUAUAUCUAGUUCAUCUGGAAUAGUCAGCUGCCAUGCCUAUAGUGUUUUGAAAGUUGCAGAAGUAAAUCUGGGUAAAGGUGAUGUGGCCCGUCUUUUGUUUCUUAAGAACCCUUGGGGAAAAAUUAGGUGGAAAAAAAAAUAUUCUCCUACAGAUAAGAAUUCCUGGAACAAAAAUGUGUGCAAAGGGUUAAAUUACUAUCCAGAUACGCAUGAUGAUGGCACAUUCUGGAUAUCAUGGGAAGAUGUUUUAGAUUGGUUUUCGCAUCUUUAUAUUUGUUGGAAUCCCAAACUAUUUAGUUUUAACACUACAUUACACUUAAAAUGGGAGAGAAGUGAACUAUUUAUGAAUUCAAUAGUGCCUGAGGACAUUUAUUUGUCAGUAUUCAAUCCACAAAUUCAGCUUCAGGUUUCAUUUGAUGAAUAUAAUGCAGUGACUGUGUAUCUAUUGCUAUUACAACACAGAAAUUCUACGAAAUCCAGUUUUAAAUAUUUAACCAUGCAUGCAUUCAAACAGGAUACACCUGUAAUAUGUCCCAGUAUGCCUCAUGUACAAGGAGUCUAUAGCAAUGGAGAAUGUAUCUUACUAAAAUUCACUCUUAUAAAAGAAUUUGCAGCUAAAUCUCCAUUUACAAACAAUAAUUAUACGGAUAUACAAAUCCGUGCUGAUAAUCCUAAUAAAAGAAAUGAUCCAUCUACAUUGGCUUCAUUAAUACUUGCAGCAGAUACUUGCAUAAAAUGUCAAGAACCUGAACCUAUUCUUACAAUUCUGCUAUCAUAUUACAUGAAAAAGAUGGAAAAAUCUUCCUUUUAUACAUUGAAAGCGUAUAGCACGGGGAAAAUCAAGCUAAAAGAAGCUCCAUCAGCUAUAGGAAAUAAUUGGAUAAUGAACACUUGUGAGGGAAAGUGGAAUGAAAAUAGCUCCGGAGGUAACCCAAAUGACAUAGUUCAAUUUUUCAAUAAUCCUCAUUUUAGGUUAGAAUUUGAAAUGGAUACAAACGUAAUAAUAAUAUUAGAAUCUGAAUCUCCCUUCUCCGUUAAUUUGCGAAUUUUCAAAGGAAGAGCUGCCACUGUACGUGCACUUAAAACAAAACAAGUAAUGAGCUCAAAUGACUACAAAAUACAUGCAUGUGCAAUAAGCUCCUAUUUAGGAGCUGGGAAAUACACAAUUAUACCAUCUACCUUUAAACAAGGUAGUUGUGGGAAUUUUAGAAUUGUAAUUCACUCUGAACAACCGUCAUCCAUUUUCAAGAUUCCAUAUCCUGCUUUGACCGAAUUAUCUAUUGAUGUGAUAAAUUCUGAUCUACUGUCAAAUUAUCACAAAUAUACGCUAAAAACUACUGACAUUGUGAAUAUAGUGGUAACCGCUCCAACAUUAAUUUCAAUAAGGAUUCUAUUUAAAAAGAAUCUAGCGCACAAAAUUGCAAUAUUUGGAAGUUCAAACACAACUAAAUUUCCUAAAUUCAAGGAUAGUAGUUCAUUCUGUACAACAGAUGUCACUUGUUGUAUUAAUGGAGAAAUGUUUUGCUCCGAUAUCUCUUGUGCACAUUGCGGUGGUCCUUGUGGUAGGUUCUUUGAAUUUGACCAAUUAGAACACCCAUUGGAAUAUUCUAUGGGUUAUGAUAUGUGUGUUUAUAGUGAUUUGCAUGGAGGAAUUUCCAAAAAUGGAAAAAAACAAUCUGCUGCAGCUCAGCAAGUUUUUCAACGAAAGUCAGUAGUAAACUUCACACUCGUUGAAUUAUUACCAUCUUAUUUACCGUAUAGACUAGUGUCUUAUGGGUCAUCCACGAUAAAUAUUAUAAGCAACAGAGAUAUAAAAACGAUCAUAUAA